AUGACCAAAGAAACUAUUACCAUAGACUCUAUUUCAAAUGGGAUACUUAAUAACCUGUUGACUACGCUCAUCCAGGACAUCGUGGCGCAGGAAACCACUCAACAACAGCUGCUGAAGACGAGGUAUCCAGACCUUCGCAGCUACUACCACGACCCAAACGGAUCUCUUGAUAUUAACGGACUACGCAAACAACAAGAGUCGUCCCAAUAUAUUCACUGUGAAAAUUGUGGAAGAGACGUAUCGGCAAAUAGACUGGCGGCUCAUUUGCAAAGAUGCCUGAGUAGAGGUGCUAGACGUUAG